AUGAUAGAAUCCAAGUAUGACUACACUACUAUCAUCACUGCUCUCUCACAAACAGUGGUGUUUAAACAGACACAACAUCCUCAAUACUCGAAGGGACCUGUCGCCCUGAAAGUAACAGCCCCAUCAUCAAUAUCAUCAUCAUUAUCAUUAUCUACAGAGAGAAAAGAAAAAGAAACCGUAAAAGAUAAGAAAGAUACCACAAUACCAUCAUCAUCUUCAUUAUUAUUAUCUUCUUCCCUCAUUUUACAUGAGGCAGAUAUAUAUAAGCUUAUUUGUCCUCAUCCUUCCAUUCCAGACUUUGUGGAAUGUGAAGAAGAUUACUUCGAUACCUCACGUUUUCCAGAUAAGAAAUAUCAUUGCGGUAUUCAAAAAUUGCCUGUUCUCGUCACUCAAUUUGUUAAAGCUGCUGCAUUAAAUCGUUUAUUUUAUUCCUUUUCUAUUAUGAAGUGGUCUGUGGCUUUGCAAAUUAUAUAUAAAGUGGCUCAAAUACUUCAACAUAUACACAGUAAAGGUGUUGUCUAUGGAGAUCUUAAAUUGCCAAAUGUUCUCCUUGCUGGGGAUGGGCAUGUUUGGCUUGUAGACUUUGCCAGUGCGAUGUUUAUAUGGGAUCACCAUAGUGAUAAUAAUAAUAGUAAUAAUAGUAAUAAUAGUAAUAAUAAUAAUAAUAGUGAUAAUAAUAGGGAAAAAGAAAAAAAAAGAAUGAUAACAAGAGAAGCAUUAGCGCGUGGUAUCACUUGGCAUGUACGAGCACCUGAACUCUUUCCUUCUACCCAUACCGAAAGUAAUAAUAAUAAUAAUAAUAAUAAUAAUAAUAAUAAUAAUAAUAAUAAUAAUAAUAAUAAUAAUAGUUCAGAUAGUGUUAUUUUGCAAUAUCCAUUGAUGAUUGAUUUCUGGGCAUUUGGAGCCUUUAUUCUUGAACUUCUCUCAGGCCGUCCAUAUCUCCGUUCCUUUGAUCAGAGUAGUGCCGCCCUAACAAGGAGGGAACUGCGUGAAGCCAUAUUGGAUGGAUUGAAACUUGUUAAGCAACGAUAUAGUGACAAUAUUAAUAGUAAUAAUAAUAAUAAUAAUAAUAAUAAUAAUAAUAAUAAUAAGAGUGAUAAUAAGAAUGAUAAUAAUAAGAGUGAUAAUAAUAAUAAUGAGAAUGAAAUGUGGGAAUCUUUAGAGAAAUUACUUGUUGGACUUCUACAGUGUAAUCCUAAAGAGAGACUUGGAUUUCAUGGUGGUUGGAAUACUAUUCUCCAGCAUCGUUUCUUUGAAUAUACAAUGUUUGAAAGAGAUCAGCCGUUCCCUCUGGAGUAUAGUGAUGAGAUCAGUGAGCUCAUGUUAGGGCUUUAG